UUAGAGUUUGGGGUUGUUGUUUUAAUUUCGCCGAGUGUGCCGUUGCAUCAGCAGUUCGGAAGGGAGCCGGAUUCAGAAACCCAAAUGGAGGAACAGGAAGCGGCAGGAGCCGAAUCCCGGGAGGGCUUGGAGGGCAGAGCACGAGAUCUUCACGUGGUCCAGAUCGGGGCCACCGGGGAGUUGCUGGAAGGGGCCGUGCCCCCCCAGCAGUUUAAGCAGGAGCCGGAGGACCAGUGCUGGGAGAACCAAUUACAGGACUUCCUGAAAACCAUGCAGCCGCCCCGUUCGGGAUGGAGGAACCCCCGGUCCCCCCACUUUAUGUUAGGGGAAGACCCCAAGUAUUGUCCACCGUCCUUCAAGAGAGGAGAAGAUGCCAGCCAGUGGCCGAAAGUAGAGUGCAUACCUCAGACCAUGUUGGGGGACAGCAAGCCCUAUGGGAGUAGCCAGGAGUCACCCGUGAAAGUGAAGGAAGAGGUCCUGGAGGAGGACCCCGUCCACAUGGAGAUGCGGAGACAGCGAUUCCGCCUCUUCUGCUACGAAGAAGCCGAGGGGCCCCGGGAGGUGUGCAACCAGCUCUGGGAGCUCUGCCACCAGUGGCUGCGGCCAGAGACCCACACCAAGGAGCAGAUCCUGGAGUCCCUCAUCCUGGAGCAGUUCAUGACUGUCCUGCCUCCAGAGAUGCAGAGCUGGGUCCGGGAACACGGGCCAGAGACCUGCACACGGGCUGUUGCCCUGGCCGAGCGGUUCCUGCAGGACGCUGAGGAGCCGGAGCAGAAGGUGUCAGGAACUUUAGAACAGGGGUUUAAUUCCCCCAAAUCAGACCAUUCCCCACCUCAUGUCCUGAAGAUGCAGCUCCCUUUGGAAAAGAAGCAGGAGGAUGACUGGGAGGCCACCUUGUCAGGGAACGAGCAAGUUCAAGACGAGGAAGAGGAAGAGGAGUCUUUCCAGUCCAACCAGCCCGAGCCAACGGUUAGUGGCGGAUUGUCCCUGGAAAGAGCAUCAGGGAAGUGUUUCCAAGGCGCUGAGCUGGACGAGAACUCCGAGGGUCAUCCCGAAAACCAUCCUGGGAAGGCGGCCAAACGCUUUGAGGAGAGCGGCAAGAAUUCCCGGGAAAGCUCCUUUCAGGAGGGGAUUCCUCGGCACGUGGACUCAGGGGAAGGUUCCUGCAAGAGUUUUGGCCCCCAGGAAAUUCAGCCGAUGGAGAAACCCCACAAGUGCUCGUUCUGCGGGGCGAGUUUCUAUGAGAGAACUCACCUCAUUAUCCACGAGAGGAUCCACACCGGGGAGAAGCCCUACAAGUGCUCGGUCUGCGAGACGUGGUUCUCUCACCCCUCGGAGCUGAUGCGGCACGAGGAGACCCACAUGCCGGAGAAGCCCCACAAGUGCGCCGUUUGCGGCAAGAGCUUCAACCAGAAGGCCUCCCUGAUCACCCACGAGAGGACGCACACGGGGGAGAAGCCCUACGAGUGCUCCGAGUGCGGGAAGAGCUUCAGCACCAGCUCCCAGCUCAUCACCCACAAGCGGGUCCACACGGGGGAGAAGCCCUACAGCUGCUCCUACUGCGGGAAGAACUUCAACCAGAAGGCCUCCCUAAUCACGCACAAGCGGACCCACACGGGGGAGAAGCCCUACGAGUGCACGCUCUGCGGGAAGAGCUUCAGCGCUUGCUCCCAGAUCAUCAACCACAUCCGGGUGCACACGGGGGAGAAGCCCUACGAGUGCCUGGAGUGCGGGAAGCGCUUCGGGAGCAGCUCCCACCUGACCGACCACAAGCGGACGCACACGGGCGAGAAGCCGUACAAGUGCCCCGACUGCGGGAAGAACUUCAGCCGGAGUUCCAACCUCACGGCCCACAGCCGGAUCCACACAGGGGAGAAGCCAUAUAUAUGCUCAGGGUGCGGCAAGAGCUUCAGGCAGAAGGCGUCCCUCAUCACGCACAAGCGGACGCACACGGGGGAGAAGCCCUUCGAGUGCGCCGAGUGCGGGAAGAGCUUCAUCUCCAGCUCUCGCCUCGUCAGCCAUAAACGGGUCCACACGGGGGAGAAGCCCUACGAGUGCUUGGAGUGCGGGAAGUGCUUUAUAUCCAGCUCCCACCUUCUAAGCCAUAAAAGGGUCCACACGGGAGAGGAACCUUUGAAAUGUGCGUAGAGAGGAGAGCGUGGCUGACGGGGCACCACCCUUCCCGGGCUGGCUUCCGUGGAACUCUGGCGGGGAAUCCUGUACCUCCGGGAUGGCGUAGCAUCUGUAAUUCCGAGGGCCGUUCCGCUUCCUUGAUGUACCAUGAAAGUUUUUUAAAGAGCCUCGUUCUUUUUUUCCUAAGCCCAGGGACAUCCCUGCAAGAUUCACGUCUGUAUCGGUCAGGCUGGCUGGCGCGCGCGCUGGCCACUACGCAUCUUCGCGCGCAUCCGCAUGCAGAAGGUGCAGGCUUGGCUUGCGUGAACAUUGCUCCCGACUUCCUGAAAGAGGUGGAAGGUAUCGCCCAUUGAUGUAAACGCCAGUGGGGCACAUAUCAAGCUGGUGGGGCCAAAGGGUUGACCCAGCACAAGUCUGUCUCACAGCGUCCCCCGGGCCAUCUUUGCCAGUCCCAGCAGCUGACGGCGUGAACCGGCCGUGCCAUAAGAUAGAGAAUAGCUAAGGGGGAUUUUGACAGGGAGAUAGCUGGGAAAUGAGGAAAUUUUUCCAGGCACUAUAUCUUUCUCCCUGCCUGCCAUUAAGAAAACCUUUCCCCAUUAUUUUAUCAGCUAAAAGAACCCUGAGUAGUCUCUGCUCUGAAUAUUGCAAAAGAUCUAGGAGACACUUUACCUGUGCAUAUUUUACAGGCCUGAGCAAAGUGUUCUCCAGCGAUCCCCCCCUUUCUGCCAGGAAACUGAGGAUUGUGGAAUGAUGCCCAAGUAGCUGCAGAGAAGAACUCAAGGCUGGGUUCACACAACACUCUAAACCCUAAUCUCAGGUUGACAAGCACAAAUUGCUCAAUGUUAGUCACCUAAAACACUAAACCAAUAAAUAUUUAUGGCUUAAUGGCAUGGCCCAAUGGCAUGGCCCAGUUCACUCAACUCUCUGAGGCAAGGAGAGAUUAGCCCCAUUACAGCCUAAUCUAGUUUGUUGGGCAAACUCAGCCUGGAUCAGGGGCACUCCCGGGAUACGUGGGCUCUUGUCACUGCCCAGGCUGCCAUGUAGGGGCGGCUGCUCUGCCUCUCUUAGGUCGACAUCGUAGUCCUGUAAUGUUUGGGGGCCUGUGGGCUGAGUUGCCAUCAUGCUGUGUUUGAUGGGCGACGGGAAGCAGAAUGCAGGGCUAGAUGGGGUGAACUAGCCAACUUCCUC